ACUUCAUAUUAUUUUUGCAAGUAGUUUUUCUCACGUCGUCCUUUACUUUGAAAUCCGGAAGCAUACCUUGGUGAUACCUUCAGUUUAUUACUGGGAAUAAUUAGUGUAAAAGAAUCGUAUGUUUCAUGAUAGUGAGACUGCAGUCUGACCCACAGUCACUACUGGCAGAGAGCAUUGCGAUUACCGUAAAUGUUAGUGCACUUGCGCGCUUAAAAAAAGAAAAAGAAAAAGGUGCAUCUGGUUUGAUCAACCACGGUGGUUUACCGCAGUGCAUUUUAUCACACUGACACAGACCAUGUGGAAGCGCCCCUAGCGGCGAUAUCCGAGCACAGACUGCAACAACGUCACGGAUUACUAACAGCUGCCUACGACAAGGAAGAAGAAGAAGAAGAAGAGGAAGAAGAGUUUACAGAGACAUCUCAGUUUAAAGACAAGAUGAAUUUGGAGGAAUACUUCAAGAGAAUCAGCUUCCGCGGCUCUUUGGACAAACUGGACCUUGAGACCCUGAAGUCGGUCCACAGACACCAUAUUUUGUCUGUGCCAUUUGAAAACCUCGGCAUCCACUGUGGCGAGAGGAUCGUCAUGGACCUUGAGGUAAUUUUCAACAAGAUAGUGAGGAACAACCGCGGCGGGUGGUGUCUCGAGAACAACUACCUCUUUGGCUGGGUGCUGAGAGAAAUGGGCUUCGAUACGACCACGCUGGGCUCCAGAGUGUUCAACAGUAUCCUCAAUGAGUUUGGUCCCUAUGACUCUCAUCUUAUCAACAAGGUCGUCAUUGAUGGAAAGGCUUAUUUAGCAGAUGUAAGCUUUGGUGUGUCCUCCCAAAUUCGGGAGCCCCUGGAGCUCAUCUCUGGAAAGGACCAACUUCAGGAAGCGGGUGUCUUUCGUGUCAUAGACCAGGGGGACAAGUGGGUGCUGGAGAAGACGGGCAGAGAGCCACAUGUUCUCAAUCCAGAGCGUGCCAAUAUCAGUCUGGUGAACCGGAACCAAACAAAGAUGAUCUACUGCUUCACGCUGGUGCCUCGCGAGGUAGAUCACUUCAGGGAUGUGAGCCACAAACUCCAGACGGAUCCCGCGUCACUGUUCACCAACAAGUCCAUCCUCUCUCUGCAAACGCCGACAGGAUUCAAAGCCCUCAUUGGUUGGACCUACAGCGAGGUCACCUACAAACCUGAGGAGGGUGUCGAUGUCAUGGACAUGAGGGAGGUCACAGAUGAUGAGAUAGAGGAAAUUCUGAGGGAGCAGUUCAAUUUAAAGCUGCAGAACAAGCUGAAGCCAGUAAGCAACAAAGCGUGGUACACACUCUAAGAAUCACCUGGAUGACCGAGAACCAUCAUCAACACUCUAACAGAUUUCUGACAGCACUUUGAAGGUGUUAUUCCAUUUAGUUACACUUUCAACAGAGCAGAAUGUACCGCUGAGUCAAUUACCUCAGUAAUAGAAUAGCGAGGAUACAGUUACAAUAAUUAUUUGUACAAGAUUAAUGAAACAAAAUCCAAAGAAGAAAGAAUUAAUCCUCGACACAGAUGUAGCAGCACCCAAGGGCUAAACACAGAUAUAUCUACCUUGUAUCUUGUGAAGUAUUUAGAUUUUUUAAUCAAUCUCUAGUAAAUUCUGUAGUAGUUUCUGCUCAGUGCUGGGCCCUGAGUCCUGUAUCAUUAACUGUGUACUCACUCAUAUAUCAUCACCAUGCUGAAUAUCAUACUCAUGAAUGUUAUAAUCUCUUACAUCAAAAACAUGACUGAACCUGUGGUUUUGUAAAAAGGCUGGAGACAAGAGAGAUAAAGGAGAAGCCCUGUCUGUAAACCUUGUUUUUUUUCUGGUUGUUGUAGAUCAUUAUCAGGUUCAUCACCAGGGGCGUAGCACAAAAUUCUGGUCCCUGUACUUAGGCAUUAUCUUUGGGCCUCUCUCCACAUCCAGGGCUUUUCAUUUUACAUUUACAUUUAUCACUGUCUUUUAAAUAAAGAUUUGUGUAUUGGGCAUUUAAUACACUCCUUCUGGUCACUGUUAAGGAAGAGAAUGAUUGCACACAAAGGCGAGUCUAAGCAUAGCCGAACAAAUGUUACAUAGAGCAAACUACAUCGUAUUGUUCCUUUCAUACUGACAACGGCUGGACGUGCCUUAUUAAAAAUUCUUCAUAUAUCCUGA